UGUGAAGUAAAUUUUGCAAUAGACCUUCGUAGUGGCGUCGGAAAAUUUAGUGAAAAUAACUAACACCGUAUUAUUUGAAAGUAGUAGUACACAGUAUCAUUUUCCCCUUCAAUUUCAUCAUCGAUUAAAUUAAUGUAAACAUAACGCAAAAGAAGAUUCAUAGCUAACAAGUUAAGAAAAUAUAUUGAAUAGUGGCAAUAUUUUGUGAAAUGGAUUUAAAUAUUACUUUUAAAAAUUUAAUAAACAAUAAGAUUGUUCUACUAUAAAUCUUAGUGGUAUUUGUGGUGGAAUAUUCUACCAAAGAUAAUAGAAAAAAUUUGCAAGUUAUUAAAUAACCAAUUAAAAUGGGAUUGAAAUUUUCAACGCAAUAUUUAGUGAGCAGUGUUACUGGAUAUGUAACAGGAAGGAAGCGAAAAUAUUGCGAUUCCGAUGAUGAAGAAGUGAAUAAAGUUAUAGAUAUUGCUUUACACACUCCUAAAAGGAAAAAGCUAGUAAGCACAGCCAAAUACAUCUACCAAGCAUUGUUUAUGGAAGGUCAAAAUUCUGAUGUUACAGUAUGUGCUCUGGGUGAAGAAUUCAACCUACAUAGGGUAUAUCUUUGCCAGAGUCCAUAUUUUGCCAGUAUGUUUGGAGGAUCUUGGUUGGAGACCAACCAGAAAUAUAUCAACAUUGAUAUUGUAGACCCCCUCAUCUCUGUAGAUUCUAUGAAAGUGGUUUUAGGCUCUUUAUAUAAUUGUGAGAUUGUUUUGAAUCCACUUGAAAUAGUACCAAUUUUAGCUACAGCUACUAUGUUUCAACUGGAUGGAUUAAUUGAAAAAUGUACAGAAGUUAUGUUAGAAACUAUUAAUCCCAAGACAGCUCUAAGUUAUUAUAAUGCAGCCUGUUUAUAUGGAGAUAAAAAGCUACAAGAUGUAUGUUUCAAAUGGUUCUUGGUAAAUCUGAUGCCUUACUAUUUCAGUUUUCCUUUAUUAGAGUUAAAAACUAUUCCUAUACCCCUGAUGGCAAAGCUUAUUGCCGAUCCAGAUCUUUUUGUUAUUCAGACAGAAUAUUCCAUUUACGUGAUGUUAAAAUAUUGGAUAUACAUGCAACUUUUUCCAGAAACAGAAGACCUUUCAAUUGCUACUGUUAAUGAAUACUUUUGUUCAAGGACAGAAACAUUACCAUACCUCCUAACUACAGAAGGAAAACAAUUCAUAUCAGUAUUCCAAGGCCUUAGAUUACAAAAUCUAUUAUCCCACCAGCUUGAUGUACUGCUGGUAAUAAGGGACAACAUUAUUCCUAGAACAUGGCUCGAUACUGUGAUUCUACAACAAUGGAAGAACGUUUUAAGGGUCAAUCAAAAUGAUGAUAAAGGACCAAGAGAUAUUUCUGACGAAAUAUUUUUAGCAUCUAGUUUAAGGUGUGGAAGGAUUUUAACAGUGAACGAGAGACAUGUUUGGAGGUGGACUGGGUUCCAUUUCGGUGUAGAUUUAUUAAUGAUCACAGAUGGAUCUACCAUUUCCAUUAAACGAAAUCAUAGAUCGGAAUUUGAGCAGUUAUUGAGUUUACAAACAACUAGGCAUGUGGCAAUAAGGGUAACUGUUACUCGACUUAAUGAACAAAGACAGAUUGUUUACAGUAAACAAUCGGAAAUAUUAAAAGUAUCAUUGUCAAAAGGCGAAGAAAUCCAGUUAAUGUCUUUUGAUAAAAAUGUGGAAUACCCUAUUAUAAUAUCAGCUAAUAUCUUGUACACAUCACCAGAAACACAAGAAAUUAACAUAGAAGAAAGGCAUCAUAAUAUAUCUUAACAGGUAUACUAAUUGCAUAUAUUUGACAUUCUGAAUAACUAUUAUAAUAAUUGAAAAAUUAAUGUAGCAAAGGUUUUUUUUACAGUAAGUCACUCGAUAGUGGUGUUGGUGAUUUUAGGUAUUGGAAGCUUAGGGUGAUAUUCAAUUUCGUAGAUUAAUUUUUCUUAUAUGUCUAAUGCUCGAUUACAAAGAAACUAUCAUUUGAAAUUAUCAAUACUUUUGACAUUAACUAAAAUAAAGAUUAGAUAUAGAAUGUAUAUUUAAGAAAUAUACAAUGAUAUACAGUCUGUAUAAUGUUUAUCGAAAUUGGAUUUCUUGAACAACGAAUAUAAUUUAUAAUAUAAAACAAAUUAAAAGACUAACUAGGUAAAUUUAUUCCAGUAUUGUAUAAAAAGUUGUCAGAAUAGUCAAAUAUAAGUGACAGUAAUAUACAGUGAAAAUAGCACAAAGUAUAACGAAUCAAGUAGUAUACAUGCUGAUUCACGCUGUGGAAACUCCAAUUAAAAAAAAAAUAACACGUUAUCGAAUUUGGGGGGUUUGAAUCAGCUUAAAUUAUUUGAGAUUAUAAUACCGAAUAUUUUUAUACUAUAUGUUUUUUUUAUUUACAUUUAGCUUGACAUUUAAUAUUUUUUUGUGUCCUUGUGAAAUUAUAUUGAGUUUGAAUAUUUUUGUUACUAUUUUUUUAAAAGUAUUAUUAUGGAUGAAAUCCAUAUCAGCUCUAGUUUUGUAUAUUCCUCUAAAUUGUGAUCUUCUGCAUUUAUUUCUAUAUAAAAAAGUGCAUUUAUGAAUAAUUAGUUAGUAUUUGUUGGUUUCCAGGUCAAAUUAAUACGAAAUUGACAUAAUUAACACUUAUGUCAGUUUGAUCAUUUGUAAUAAGGUGCUUUCAGGCAGUUACAUUGAUAGUAUGAAAAAGAAAAAUGUUGUUAUAACUUUUUUUGGUUUAUCUACUUCCAAAAAAAGGAGAAAUACAUCAUCCUACUAAUUAUUAUACUUAGAACAAGGUAUUUCAGUCCAGUUUGUAGGUAAUCUUCGUUAAAAGUGGAACUACUUGAAUGCACUUAUUAAUAUUCAAAAAGUGGUAAUAAUUAAAUUGGAACUAUUUUGUGUGUCAAAAUAACUCCCACAAUAGUUUUUGUGUCAAAAUAACUCCCAUGAUUGUUUUUAUUUUUUUUCAAUGGAUUUAGCUUCUUCGAUAAGUAGAACUGAUUAUUGGUUGUUAGUAAAUAUUGACUUAUUCUUAUACUUCAGCUAAUAAUUUUAUUUUUCUAGGGUAUUAUUGAUGAGAUUCAUAUUGUAAAUUAAUUUUUCCUAAAUUAGAGUGUAUUUUUGAUGAAAAAAAAAAAACAAAAUUAGAAUGCAAUUUUAUUAUUUCAUAUUUUCCAUAUACAAAAAAUGAGUUAUUUUGAUAUCACUUAGUUCUCAAAUACCAUUUGACAAGUUUAAUAUUUAUAUUAAAAUAAAUGUUUGACGUUAGUGACCGUUACAGUCACAGAAUUUUGAAAAAAAAUUUGUUAUUAAUUACAUAUAUACAGUGUGUAACAGCCUAAUGGAAUGAAUUCAUUAUUUCGAUUAUUGUAUAUGUUGAUUGAUUUUUCCAUGAAAAUGUGUGAGGAUUCUGGUCCACCUGCUUCAUUUUUUUAUAUGUCCAUACUAAUUCAACUGUUUUUUGUUUAUUUUUUUGUAUUAUUGCUUUUUGUUUUGUUAAUUUUUCAUUGUUUACAUUUUCUUGAGUAGUAUAGGGUUUUAGUACCUCUUGUAACCUUUUCUUCCACCUCAUCCAUCCUCAGUCCAUUUUUAAUGGUUUUUCCAGCCUCCAUUAUCUACCUGGUUCAUUCUUACAGUAUGUUCAUACCAUUUUUUUUCUAUAAUCACUACUUAUUUUGUUUCAUAUCCAAUGUCUUUAUCUUGCCCCAUUUUGCUCCCACUUAUAUUUUUAUAGAUUUUAUUAUUGCAUCGAUUUUUGAAUUAUUUUCUACUACAUAUGUUGUAGUUGUAACAGCUUUUGUAUAUAUUUUCAUUUUCGUGUACCCAUCUGCAGUAAUUGAAUAAAAAUUUUAUCGUUCUUAUGUUUGUUGCAAUAUUGAGAUAAAAUAUGAUAAAAUUGGAAAUUUUAGGGGAAGUGUGCCCCCAUAAUGACAACGACAAUUCCAAAUAUUUGCAAAUUAAGAUGAAUAUUUUCAAAAUUCGUUUGCUUCAGCUCAUUAAAAGAAAUAUUUUACUUCAAUCAGUAAAAUCACAGUGAUAAUUCAAUUUCAUCCCAACAAUGUUGAAAAUUGGGUAAGCAAAUAACUUACAUUCUUGAUUUCUGCUUGGGCCCAAUAAAAACAAUUGGAACAUUCAAUAAAUUAGCAUUUUCAAAGAUUUCAUCAUUUUUAGUCUGCCCUGUUAUCGUUUCCGAUUUAUUUACAUUGUCUUCUUCAAUAUUUUCUAAAGUAUCGUUCUCCUUAAAACCGUCAUUUCUCUUGUAAUAGUAAGUGAAGUAGAAAAAGUAAAAAUAUUUAUGUUCAAAGGACAAAUCCAGUUUUCCUAACAGCAUUUAAUGGAGUUGAUGAUUUGAGAAAUGCUUUUGAAAAUAUACCAGCUAAAUGGUAAUGGGUCACAGACUUUCCACAUCAAGAGAUUGCAACCUAUGUGUACAAUACGCAGGGAAGCAAAAUAAAAAAAAAUUCUGUUUCAUAUUCAAGUACCUCUAAAGCCACCAUAGGAAACGAUUGGGUAUGUCGUGAUAGUAAUUUUUACAUUAUCCCAAGGGAAGAAAUGACAGAGCCUCAAUCUGGAGCGAACAUGAAAAUAACAAAUAUGAAAUGAAGAAUCUGAAGAGAUGCUUCAAGUUUUCAACAAUUAUAGUUACGAGUAAUUAUAUAUCAACACUGAUAUUUAAUUUUACAUUCACUUCACACUCACAUUCCUAAUUGUACUUAUCUCAAACUACAUAUACCCUACACUAGACAUUUAGAUUUGAAUUAAACAAUGUUCAAAUAACUAUACUGACAGAUUUUCCCUACUUUGGAAAGGAGUUGAAGAUAUGGAUUAUUGAAGAAUGUCAAUUUAACAUGUUUUAUUUAUAUAUAGAGUAACUGAAAUACUGAAUUUAUUCUUUUUGGUUUUUAGACACUGUAAAAAUUGCUGUACAUACAGAAAUUCAAGCGUCUCAAUUAUAUGAAAAACAUUUUUUCCAUUUCAAUAUAUGAUAUUUCUAUUGUAAAUUAUAUACUCUACCAACUUUAAAUUAGUAACUCCGUGUACCAUGGUAUGAAAGCGAGGUUUUUCGAGUGAUAUACAAUUGAAAGUUGUUUUAGUAUAAUUUUGAUUUAUUUACCCAUUUAAUCAUCUACCUUUUCCUACCCAUUCACUAUCCCAUGGUUGCUUCUUUCUUUACCAUCCAAUUUCAAAAUUGUUGCUGCAUUUUUGAUAAUUACUUCUAUAAAUAGUUACAAUUAAUUUAAAAAAAGGUAAUGGAGAAAAAAUGACAUUAAAAUUGAAGUUUGUGUUAAUUUUGAAAAAUGAUAUUGUAUAAUAAAUUCCUUGUUAUGUUUAUGUUGUAAUUAUCGUUAAUCUGUCAAUAUACAUUUUUAUAAAUUCUAUCAACAUUUCUGAGAUAUAUAUUUGUUAUGGAUUUGAAAGAAAUGGGGAUGAAAAAUAUAGUUUUCGAUUAUUUGUUUCGGUUACCAUUUUUCUAGUCAUACCGAAUGAUUUUCCCUGGAGAUGUUACAUAUUUACAUACAAUAAAAUCAUUUUGUUUAAAUUGUCAGAGUUUUUUUCUUAUUUAGUAAAAAAAUAUAAUACUUUUAUUACAGAUUUGAUUAUUAAUAAUAAUAAUGGAGAUUCAUAAUACAUUGCUGUAGCUAUACAAGUAUUUCUUUUAAAUUUCCCUAGGAUUCAAAUUGGUUAAAAGAGUAGGUCCCUCCUCUUCUGCAAGUCUAUUUUGGUGAUUUCGUUUAAUCCCUACGUUUAUCAAUUGAAAAUUUUUAUAAAAGUUUUUUUAUAUUUCUUUAAAAAAAAUUUUCGAAUGUGCAACUACUUCUUACUGCUCCAUUAUUGACCAAAGUUUAUUGAAGCUUCUAUAAGUAUGUGGAUACAGUUUUUUCUAAGCAAUAAUUUCAUUUUGUCAAUUAUACCUAAUAUUUGAAAAUAAUUUUUUUUAGAUUUAUACAAAAAAGUUAAUCAACAAAAAAAUGAUCAAUGGAUUUUUGUCAAAAUUUCCUAAAAAAUAAUCAAAAACUUUACAAUACUUUGAUAUUCAUUGGGGAAAACAUGAGCCACGGGUCAAUCAUUGUCAAUAUUUUCAUAAAACUAUGCCAUAUUUUUAUUAUACAGUUUUAAGGCAUUAAAUAGGAUCAAAGUAUAAAAUAUAUUUGUGCGCGCGUAAUGACAAACUAAGACAACAAUUUAGGACCCUACUCUACAAUUAUACCAACUGGAUAUCCCUUAAAUUAAAUGAAUAUACUUUUGACCCUAACAAGUGAUUUGAAAUCUGUUAGAUCACCUGUAAUAUAGGAUUUGGUGGAUUUUGAAAAUAUUUAAUCUAUUAUAGUUCAAUAAUAUAUAUUUUGGUAAAAUUCUGUAAGGCUGUAACUUCGUUUGGUUUAUCCUUUAGGUUAUUUUAUGUGCUUUUUGUUAUUGUUACUAUUUUAACAAGUUUGGAGUUUGGUUUAAAAAAAUAAAUAAGUUAUAAGUGCUCUUAUACUAAUUGGCUAGUCACGUAUGAAACGCUUUCUGUUUAUAGUUUUUGUAUUAUAAAAUAUAAUUAUACCUACCUCA